GUGCAUCCUUCGGAGCAAAAUGCUACACCCCAAUCCCGGGGACCGCAUUGUUAAACCUCUGAAGGGUCUUUUUUCCCUUUUUAUUACCCUUUGCUUUGCCAGCAGGCUCUUUCUCGACAUCCCACAACGGGUCCUGAGAGUGGAGGGGAGGGAAUCGUCGACAAGCUGAGGGUUUCAGUCACGUUGCUAAAAAGGGAGAGCGCGAGCGACAGAGAAGGAGAAAGAGAAAUCAAUUGAUAUAAAGGCACGGGAAGAGUUAAAGAGUCAAGAGCAACGCUGCUCAACCAUGGAGAGUUGAACGGAGCUGGAGGACGCAACGGUGAGGCCGCUCUCAACACAGCUCGGGGAUUGAGGCUCAGAACACGGAGUGAAUCGUAAAGAAUGCAAGCUGCUGGCCUGUCUCACCCAGUGAGAAAGUUUCCGCACUGCCGGAAGGGCAACAUUUGCCAAGCCUGAGCAUGCACCUUUGAGUGCAAACUAAAAGCAUCACUUUAGUUCUUUAUUUUUUUUUCGUCUGGUAUAUUUUAUUCUCUGAUCCGUGUGCCGCUUCCUGGAGACUUCUUCUGUUCGCCGCGCACAAGCGAGAGACUCCGAGGAAGGCAGGAGAACGGGGGUGAAGUUUUCCAAUGCUGCAGGUUUAUCCGAAGGACGCACUUUCUGAAUAACAGAAAAAAAGCUGAACUUUUAAACCCCACGUCCCACGGGGAGGCUGAUCGUUGAGGUUUGCUGCAGCGUUUCGCGCCGCGGGACUGCAGACCGAGCGCGGCUGAUUUCUUUUAGAAAACCAUCAAGUGGUUACGGGACUAAUGCAUGACAUCAGUUAAGCAACUGUGGUUUCCGAAGUGAUCCUCUAAGAGUGCCUUCAACACCUUUCUAUUCUUCUCAGACUGACACACCACUAUGUUACUGAAAGAGUACAGGAUCUGCAUGCCUCUCACUGUGGAAGAGUACAGGAUAGGACAGCUGUACACCAUCAGCAAGCACAGCCACGAACAGAGCGACAAGGGGGAAGGUGUGGAAGUGGUUAAGAAUGAACCCCAUGAAGAUCCCGUUCAUGGAAAAGGCCAGUUCACUGAGAAGAGGGUCCAUUUGUCCAGCAAACUCCCUAGCUGGGCUAGGGCGGUGGUACCCCGAAUAUUUUAUAUAACAGAGAAGGCAUGGAAUUACUAUCCUUAUACAAUCACAGAAUACACGUGCUCCUUUCUGCCAAAAUUCUCCAUUUACAUUGAGACCAAAUACGAGAACAACAAUGGAUGCAAUGAUAACAUUUUUGACUCUGACAAAAACCACAUGGAUCACGAGGUGUGCUUUCUAGACAUUGCCUACGAUGAAAUCCCAGACCGUUACUACAAGAGUUCAGAGGAUCUCAGGUAUUUUGCUUCAGUGAAGACAGGCCGAGGCCCUUUGAAGGAGGGUUGGAGGGAUGAACCCUCAACCAUCAUGUGCUCAUAUAAACUCGUUACUGUCAAAUUUGAAGUCUGGGGUCUUCAAACAAGAGUGGAACAGUUCGUGCAGAAGGUCAUCAGGGACAUUCUAUUAAUAGGGCAUCGACAAGCAUUUGCCUGGGUGGACGAAUGGUGUGAUAUGACGAUGGACGAAGUUCGCGAAUACGAGAAACAAACUCAGGAAGCUACAAAUGAGAAGAUUGGAAUUUUGGCCCCCACCAUCUCCAUCAGUGAGGCUGCCCAGCCCCCAGCCACACGCAGCGCCCCUGCCAGUGCACCCUCCACACCGCUGAGCGGCGACCCACCAGACUUCCUCAGCGUGCCAAAGGACAGACCACGGAAGAAGUCCGCCCCAGAAAUGCUGACCUUGCCCGAGCUACGAGAGCGAUCGGCGAACAAGUAAAGCCUGCUCUGUAGCCAGCGGCAACACUCUUUGUGACAUUUCGGUUGUUGAAUUUAUUUAAUGCUACUUAACUGAAAAAAAAAGCCAUCUGUUAAGGGAUUCUUUAAAGCUUUAGCCUGUAAAGAUACUGUGCUAUGAUCUUUACAACAGCAAGCUUGCAUUAAUACUGACUGGCCAUAAGAUUAGCAUUCUUAAUUUGUGAUAGGGAUUGGGAUAAAGCUGUGUUUAAUGGUAUUGCUGUAUUUUACUAAAUUUUCUUUAAAUUCCUUUUUAGGACUUCUAGGCUGACUCAGGACUUAGUGUUAGCAUGACUGAUAGUGUGCACGGUCAUAUUAAAGCACUUCUGUGACAUAUUGUAUUUACAAAGGCUUUAAUCUACACUCAAUGGUCACUUUAUUAGGUUCAGGAGUGAAAGCCAGUGUGGUCUUUGGCUGAUGUAGCCAACACACUUCAAAGUUCGACAGGUUGUGCAUUCAGAGAUGUCCUUCUGCACACCCCUAUUGUCUGUCAUCUUCCAGUCAGCUUGAACCAGUCUGUCCAUUCUCCGCUGGCCUCUCUUCAUUAACAAGGCAUUUUUGCCCACAGAACUUCCUCUCCCUGGAUCUUUUUUUUGUUGUUGUUUGCACCACUCUCUGUAAACUAGAGACUGUUGUGCAUGAAAAUCGUAGGAAAUCAGCAGUUCCUGAGAUACUCAAACCACCCCAUCUGGCACCAACAAUCAUUCCAUGGUCAAAGUAACUUAGAUCACAUUUCUUCCCAUUUUGUUGUUUGGUCUAAAAAAAAACAAUUGAACCUCAUGACCAUGUCUGCAUGUUUUUAUGCAUUGAGUUGCUGCCACAUGAUUGUCUGAUCAGAUAUUUGAAUUAACAUACAAGUGUACAGGUGUACCUAAUAAAAUGGUCACUGAGUGUAACUGUCAUUACUGAAAAAAAGGAAGAGGGGUGAAGUGAACCAAAGUCAAACAAGUUCAAGUAGCUUGUGAGCAUAAGGUAGAAUAGAUAAGGACUUGUUUAAAUGGGGUAAGUAUCAUCCCAACUUGGCGUUCGGAAGUGAGGUGCAGCGAAAAUGUGUUUUUCCUACAUUAGGCACUGAAUGUUUUCAGAGGACUCACAAGUGAAGCUGCUGCAUACAUUGCUGAAGCUUCCAGCAAGUUUCGUUCUUGGGACACGUAUUCUCUCCUUCAAGAGGUCUAUACAAAAAGCUUGAAUAAUGUCCCAGCAGCUGAAGGGGUCAAUCUAACAAUUUCUGUUUGUCCUACCUCCAAAUCCAACACCCUCUCCUGUAUAACCCUAUGUAAUUCUUCCUUCCAAACUACAGCUGUGUUCAAAUAAAGAUUCAUUCCUUCACCAUAACCCAUCUUUUCCCGGACUUCCAGAAUUCCCACUGUGUAGAACUUGAAAGCUUUUAAUAUCUAAUUUAGGCGUCGACCAGCUAAAACCAAUUUCCUCACACCAUCAAAGUUUCCCCAUUGAGGGAUGGUAUAAUUCAUGGGAUGACCUCCAGCAGGAUAACCUCAACAGUGUCUUCUGAACCCUGUGACCUCUGCUACCUUGGAGGACGAGGGCUACUGGUGUAUGAGAAGACCACCACCUCCAGUUUACCCUCCAAGUCACAUGCCAUCCAGGUUUGAACAGGUACUAUUCCUUCAUUGAUUCUGGAUGUAAGCCCUGCCAAAACCACUCUCAGAGCAUACCUUCAGAAUGCAGCAGCUCCAGAAGGCUGGACAUACUACCUUCUCAAGAUUUUUUCUGUAUUUAUAUGGCCUUAAUUUAUCUGGUCAUUUUGUCUUUUCAGAACUGUGGAGUGAGUGUGGUGAUUUCCCAUCAACCUCUUAGCAAGGGUCAUUUCAAUACUUCCCAUUCUGUGAGGACAGGCGGUCACUCCUCAUCAUGACUUAACUUGAAAGUUCUCAAAUUUUUUAAAUAUCGUCUACCUUAUUUAUUUUGCCACUGGGUUUGAUAAGCUGCCAUCCAAACUGUUUUAAAGCAGGGGUCCCCAACCUGGGCUCCAAGAUCCACUUGCUUACUGGCAUGAAAAGGUUUAGGGACCCCUGUUGUAUAGGAACAGCAAACUGCAUUUUUAAUUGCAUUCUUUGUGACUUGACAAUGACCCCCCAGCAUACUUUAUUUCACAUGAAUUAAUAAUGCCACUGUGCAAACUGACAUAUUGAUCACCUCAGGACUGACAAUUAACAUAUAACUUUAACAAAUUAAGGAAGGAUGUGUUUGUGUAGCAGUAAGUUACCCAACUGACAGUCAUAGCUCUAGGCCUUUGUUCCAGAAACAUGAGUUUAAAUCCCACCAGGAAAGCUGGGAAACAUAAAUCUAUGUACUUAAGUAAAUCUCCAGUUAAAGCUGGUUUAAACACCAGUAGCUAUGAAGUGCUGGCUUGUAAAAAAAACUAUUUGAUUCACUGUGGAGCAAAGAAACUUGGCAUCAUUAACAAAUUGGUCCUGUAUGAGACUCUAGACCCACCAGUGUCUAUGACUCUGAACUGCAUCAUCAGUAAUGGAUGGACAAUAAAUGCUGACAUUUCCAGUAAAGUCAACAUUUGUGAAUGAGUGGUAAACCUAACUGAGCUAACAUAGAAACACAGAAAACCUAGAGCACAAUACAGACCCUUCAGCCCACAAAGCUGUGCCGAACAUGUACUUACUUUAGACAUUACCUAGGGUUACCCAUAAUCCUCUAUUUUUCUAAGCUCCGUCCAGGAGUCUCUUAAAGGACUCUAUCGUAUCCACCUUCACCACCAUCGCCAGCAGCCCAUUCCAAGCACCUUAAAACUGUGCCCUCUCGUGUUAGCCAUUUCAGCCCUUGGAAAAAACCUCUGACUAUCCACACAAACAAUGUCUCUCAUCAUCUUAUACAAUUGAGCGACCCUUUGCUGUGUAGCUCAUCAGUAUGAAGUAUGGACUGGGCUUGACAUUAUACUUGAGUUUCACUCUUUGACCAGGAUGGUUCCAAAAAUAGGGUGGCAUGGUAGAGUAACAUAGGACAUUGAACAUUACAGCACAGUGCUGGCCAUUCAGCCCACAAUGUUGUGCCAAUCUGUUAACCUACUUUAAGGUCAAUCUAACCGUUUCCUCUCCAACAGGCCUCGAUUUUUCUAUCAUCCUUGUGCCUAGUUAGAAUUUCUUUAAUUUCCUUAACAUAGCUACUUCUACCACCAACCCUGGCAGCACAUUUCAUGCACCUGCCACUUACCUCCUGGCAUUCCCCACCAUACUUUUCUCCAAUCACCUUAAAAUUAUGCCCCCUCAUAUUAACUAUUUUUUGCCUGGGAAAAUGUCUCUGGCCGUCCACUCGAUCUAUGCUUCUUAUCGUCAGGUACAUACCUCUCAUCGGGUACAUUCUCCAAAGAGAAUAGCCCUGGCUCCAUCACCCCAUCCUCGUAAGACGUGCUCUCAGGCAGAAUCCUGGCACAUCUCCAAAUGCCUAUACCGCGCCAGCGACCUGGGUUCAAUUCCACCACUGUAAGGACGUUCUUCCUGUGAUGGUGUGGGUUAGUAGAUUCAUUGGUUACAUGGGUGGAAUUUAGUGCUGUUCACCCCUUUUAGAAGUAAAGAAAAAAUCAGAGCAAGUCAGGCAUUGGUUUCUGAGUCCUUGGAUUGAGCUCAUUCUUAUUAAACAGAGGUGAUACCACAUGCGUCAUUGCAAUGCAGGUGUGCUAGACACUGGUGCUUUCAGUCAUAUCAUCCUUCAUGACAUCCCUUUCAAUGUUUUUCUUGUGUCAUAGUAUAUCAGUGUGGGCAUCAACUGAUAGGGAUGGGUUUCUCCACUCUUCCUGACUUUACCAGACUCUCCAACAUCCCUUUCUGGUUCAAAGGCCUUCAGUCAUCUUAUUUCCAAAGGAGUAACAGCACGGUAGAAUAGAUGUUAGUGCAACACCACUGCAGCAUCAAUGAUCAGGAGAUUCAAUUCCUGCUGCUGCCUGGAAAGAGUUUGUAUUUUCUCACCAUGACCGUGAGGGUUUCCUCCGGUUGCUCCAAUUUCCUCCCACGGUCCAAAAGCGUCCGAGUCAGGGUUAGUAAGUUGGGGACAUGGUACAUUAGUGCAGGAGUAUGGUGACACAUGCAGGCUGCCCCAGCACAUCAUCAGACGUUCAUGUAAAAGAUGCUUUUCACUGUAUGUUCCGAUGUACGUGUGACAGAUAAAGCUAAGGGUAAAUCUAAAGCUGUAACUGCAUUCAAUAUGAAGACGCAGACAGUCUCCAGUAAACCAUUCUGAUUUCACUCGUAGGUUGUCAGUAAAUUCUCCCGCCUCAUCAUCAAGGAGUUUGACUAAAGUUACCAUUAGUUUCACUGCAGCCUUCACUUGUCUGGUUUUCUGUGCUUUUGUGAGAAAUAGUUCAUUUGGAUUUGCCCACAUAGGUGAUUCCUCACUUCACUGUGGGGAAGUGCCCAGAUGCUGAAGACCUCUGAUGUUUAGGAAAGGUGAAUGAGACGGUCACCAGUCUGGGGCAUUUCUGUAGACCACAUGGCAGUGCUGAUAAAGCUAGGAACAGGACAUUAUACUGCCUUUUGGAGAGCAACCCAAGGGGAAUGAAAGCGAUUCUUUGCUUCUUAAAAGAAGCUUCAUAAUUCUGGAUUGACUGCCAUGUUUCACUGGAAAUGCAAAUCAAGAAUGUUGCUUCUGAUGAUGAUAUGAAAAAAGCAAUCAAACGGAAAGACCGUGUGACCAAAUCAUUGUUAGCCACCAGAACUAAGUUAUUGUCAGUGGCCAAAAGCUGUAGCAGCAUUCCAAUGAUUCUCUUACCUGGUUCAAUCUGACUUGAGGGAAAUGCUAUGGCAACCAGGGUUAUUUUUUAUUUGGUCCUGGACCGUAUCUCCAUGUUCUAGUGAGUGCUGUUGAUUUGGAAUGACUCAUCUUGAAAUGCAGCUGUGCUAUUUCUACACGGGACAGAUUGUACAAAUGAUGACACCAUGCACACUUGCUACCUUCUGCACGGGGGCUGCAUAACCCAUUGAAAUCACCAUGCAAGGCUGAGUUAACAAUGUGUAUAUAAGGAAAUAUAAUGCAACCAGUUGUGAAUGGCCUUCAUAUGAGUGUCAAUUGCAGUAGCUGUAAAUAGUACAGAAGAUGUAUAAUUUUAGUUUAAUGCAUUGAUAAUACUGAAAGUAAAGAGAAAGUCUUAGCUUCAUACGUAAUAGUUGUUGUCCAUGGUGGUAUAUGAAUAUAUUGCUACAUAUUAAUGGUUCUGGGAUUUGAACUUUAGGGAUUAAGUUAUAGUUAGGCUUCAUGAGUGUACCGAAGAGUAAGGGAUUUGCUUAUAUUCAUUAAAACUAUUGUGUAGUUACACUUUUGAAUAAUAAAAGGUAUAUAAAACAGUAAA